CGUGACUUUCGGGGGACAGAAGGUAUCAUAGAGCACAGCUGCAGAAAUGGAUAACCAAAGUGUAAUAUACUCUGAAAUGAAUCUGGCCAAAAAUCCAAAGAGGCAGCAAAGGAAAUCUAAGGGCACUAAAAGCUCCAUUUCAGAAACCGAACAGGAAAUAACCUAUGCUGAAUUAAACCUUCAAAAUGCUGCUCAGGAUCUUCAAGGGGAUGACAAAUCUUACCACUGCAAAGAUUUACUGUUACCUCCAGAGAAGCUCAUUGCUGGGAUCCUGGGAAUCACCUGUCUUGUCUUAAUGUCGGUGGUAAUAAAACAUGUCAUUCCCUUACCUCAGAAACAGAAUGAUUCUUCCCAGACUACAAGAACUCAGAAAGCAUGUAAUUGCAGUCACUGCCCAGAGGAGUGGUUCACAUAUUCCACCAAUUGUUAUUACAUUAGUAAGGAAUGGAAAACUUGGGAUGAGAGUGUGACGGCCUGUGCUUCUAACAACUCUAAUCUGCUUUACAUAGAUAAUGAAAAAGAAAUGAAACUUCUGGGCUCCCUUUCAAAGCAAGCAUGGAUUGGAGUCUUUCGUAACGGCAAAAAUCAUCCAUGGGUGUCUAUAAAUGGCUCAACUUUCAAACUUAAAAUAAAGGAAACAAUAUAUGGUAUACGUCACUGUGCUAUGCUAGACUCAGUCAGACUUCAAUCAAGUGGAUGUGGAUCUAAUAAAACAUAUAUUUGUAAGCACCAGCUUUAG